GUCACGAAGAGGCCGGCGCCCUGGCCUCUUCCCGGGCAGUCUGCGCGAGGGCCGUGCCCGGCCGGCGGCCCCGAGAGUUCCCUCAGCUUCUCCGCUCCGCGUCGUCCCGGCUCCCGGGGGAUGCCCCGGACCAGGUUCUCCUCAUGGCUGCCGACGUUUUCAUGUGUUCGCCGCGUCGGCCCCGCAGUCGGGGCCGCUCGGUGCUGCUCAAGCCUCAGGUGCCCGAGGACGACGACGACUCGGACACAGACGAGCCGUCCCCGCCGCCCCCCUCCGGCGUGGCCACUUCAGCUCGGGCCCACGCGAGCGCCGCGCCGCUUCCGCCCCGGGCCGGCCCGGGCCGCGAAGAGCCUCCGCGCCGACAGCAGAUCAUCCACAGCGGCCACUUCAUGGUCUCCUCGCCGCACCGCGAGCACCCGCCCAAGAAGGGCUAUGAUUUCGACACGGUCAACAAGCAGACGUGCCAGACCUACAGCUUCGGCAAGACCAGCUCCUGCCACCUGUCCAUUGAUGCUUCGCUCACCAAGCUCUUCGAGUGCAUGACCCUGGCCUACAGUGGGAAGUUAGUGUCUCCAAAGUGGAAAAAUUUCAAGGGCCUGAAGCUCCAGUGGCGUGACAAGAUCCGGCUCAACAAUGCCAUCUGGAGGGCAUGGUAUAUGCAGUAUUUGGAGAAGCGCAAGAAUCCCGUGUGCCACUUUGUCACCCCACUAGAUGGCUCUGUUGAUGUAGAUGAACACCGUCGGCCAGAGGCCAUCACCACAGAGGGCAAAUACUGGAAAAGUCGAAUUGAGAUUGUGAUCCGGGAGUAUCAUAAGUGGAGAACCUACUUCAAGAAAAGGCUGCAGCAGCACAAGGAUGAGGACCUCUCUAGCCUGGCCCAGGAUGAUGACAUGCUCUAUUGGCCCAAACAUGGGGAUGGCUGGAAAACCCCAGUCCCAAUGGAGGAGGACUCACUGCUGGACACAGACAUGCUCAUGUCAGAAUUCAGCGACACCCUCUUCUCCACACUGUCUUCACACCAACCAGUGGCCUGGCCCAACCCACGGGAAAUAGCACAUCUAGGAAAUGCAGACAUGAUUCAGCCAGGCCUGAUCCCUUUGCAACCCAACUUGGACUUCAUGGACACCUUUGAGCCUUUCCAGGAUCUCUUCUCUUCCAGUCGAUCCAUUUUUGGCUCCAUGUUGCCUACUCCUACGUCAGUACCUGCCCCAGAUCCUAGCAGCCCACCUUCUCAGGGUAACAUCUUGCCAAAUACAGCUCUCCCAACUGUAAGCCUGCCCAAUAGCCUCAUAGCAUCUUCUGCAGCCCCCUCCCUGGAUCCCACAGAUGGGCAGGGUGGUGAACGAACUUCCCAGCCUGUGGACCCUUUCAUUCAGCCUGCAGACUUUGGUCCUUCUGAGCCACCACCGAGUGUCCCACAGCCCUUCCUCCCUGUCUUUACCAUGACCUUGCUUUCCCCUGGUCCUGCCCCAGCACCUGUCCAAACUGCAUUGCCCUUAGUUCCUCCUCCUGCCACUGCUCUGAACCCCCCAACUCCACCAGCUUUCCUACAGCCACAGAAGUUUGCAGGAGUCAGCAAAUCAACCCCUGUCAUUACCCACACAGCCUCUGCCACCCUUACCAAUGAUGCUUCUGCUACAACCUUCAGCCAGAACCAGGGCCUUGUUAUCACAGCACACCAUCCAACCCCCUUAUCAUCCCCAUGUGGUCUGGCAUUGUCACCUGUACCCCAGCCAGCAGCUGUGGGACCUCCCCAACCUCAUUUAACUUUUAUACACCCCAAACCUGUGUCCUUGACUGGAGUAAGAUCCAAGCAGCCCCCCAAAAUAGUGCCUGCUCCCAAGCCUGAGCCUGUGUCCUUGGUGUUGAAGAAUGCCUGCAUUGCUCCAGCCUCCUUCUCAGGCCAACCACAAAAGGUGAUCAUGACAUCAGCCCCUCUGAAGAGAGAAGGGAUUCUGGCAUCUACUAUGUCCCCAUCCAAUGUGGUUAUUGCCUCUGCUGCCAUCACCAGGGCCUCUGGGGUCACAGAGUUCCUUAGCCACAGCACAAACAGCCAGCCUACCCCUGUUUCUCGGCUUUUUUCUCCAAGUACAGUGCAAGACUCCCUGGUGAAGGGCGAGCAGGUCCCACCGCAUGGGGGUGGUCCCCAGGUCCCUGCUGCAGGCUCCAGUCGUGACUGCCCCAACUCAGGGCAUGCCUCUCCAUGCCCAUCAGAACAAAGUCCCAGUCCUCAGUCUCCCCAGAACAACUGCUCAGGGAAAUCUACAGACCCCAAAAAUGUGGCUGCAUUAAAGAACCGGCAGAAGCACAUCUCAGCUGAACAGAGAAGGCGUUUCACUAUCAGAAUGGGCUUUAACACUUUGAACAGUGUGAUCUCCAAUAAUUCCAAGCAGACCAGCCAUGCCAUCACACUGCAGAAGACCAUGGAGUAUAUCACCAAGCUACAGCAGGAACGGAUGCAGAUGCAAGAAGAGGCCCGGAGGCUGCGGGAGGAAAUUGAGGAGCUCAACACCACCAUCAUCUCCUGCCAACAGCUGCUACCUGCCACAGGAGUCCCCGUCAACUGCCGCCAGUCUGACCACAUGAAAGACAUGUUUGAUGAAUAUGUGAAAAGCAGGAUCCUGCAGAAUUGGAAAUUCUGGAUUUUCAGCAUGAUCAUCAAGCCACUAUUUGAAUCCUUCAAGGGGAUGGUGUCCACCAGCAGCUUGGAGGAGUUUCACCGAACGGCGCUUUCCUGGCUAGACCAGCACUGUUCUUUGCCUGUCCUCAGGCCAAUGGUACUGAGUACCCUCCGGCAGCUGAGCACGACCACUUCCAUCCUGACAGACCCAUCCCAGUUGCCAGAGCAGGCAUCAGAGGCUGUUACCAGGAUUGGCAAGAGAUUGGGGGAGUCCUAAGCUUAGUUGGCAUGUGGCUGCAUAAGAUGCCUGGAGAUCCCCCAUACCCUUCCUGACACACCGCCUCAGGGCUGCCCUUGACUCCAGUGGCCCAUUGCACCUGUCAGGAUGCUGCGCUCAGGUCUGAAGCAGGCUUGAGGCCUGCCAACAGCAGUAUCCCAUCUUGGGAACCCUUGUUGUGACCUCUCACUCAGUGACCUCAAUCACCAGUCUCCCCUGCAUGUGGGGUGGCCCAGACAAAGGGAAACAUCAGCUGUUCUAGUCCUGUCCUUCUGGUGGCCUGUUGGGGUCCAGGGUCAGCAAGUGCAAGACAAGGAAACAAAGCCUGUUCCUGCAGGUGGGAUCAUCCAGGCUCCUUCAGAAUUCCUUUCUUGAGACUUUGAGACUUGGUCCCUGUCACAUCCUUACCCACUUGUGCUCCUCUGGCAACCCCUGCACGUUUUCUGGCCUCUGGAGCAGCAGUGAAGUCUCUCCAUCUCCUGCGAGCCUGGCAGAACCUGACCCUUUGGGCUACUGUUGCAACCUCUGCAGAAAGGAAUAUACCUCCUGCCUGGUGUAUUCUAUUGAAGGGGGAAAUUUCUGCAAACCCCUGAGCACAAGUGGAAAAUAAUGGGUGUGGAGCCCAACUGGACAGGAUAAAGUCACAAGCAAUGCAGAGUUGCUGUUCUGGCUCAGAAACCCCUAAGGCAGUGUCUUGUCUAUGUCUUAGUUCUACCUGGCAUUGCAGUCACCGUGAUGUUCCCAACAUUGCCAGGCACUUAGCCUCUAAGGCCCCACAGCUGAGGCCCUUCUGUGCCUGUUAUUCACACACUUCUACUCUGCCGUUGUGGAAGAGGCAGAUACACUCCCGGGAUGGUCUUACCUUGGUUUUAGCAUCAGGAAGGUCACACUCCAUGAUACUGCUGUCAUCCUGGUUAUCUGAAGUUUAGCUAGAGCUCCAAACCAGGACAGUUCUCAGACCAAAGAUAUCACCAUACUAAAGUCUGUUCCAUCUUGUAUUAGGACGAAGAAACAAAGUGCGUACAGGCUGGGUGCCAAGGAAUUAGCCCUUGAAGCAGCCUCCAGCUAGAUGGUGAAGAGCUGUGCUCAGAUUUGGACCAGUUGAGUUUGGAGGGUGGCAUGUAUCUGAAGGUUCAAUUGUCCCAAUGUGUGUUAGAGUUGGUAGAGACAGGGAAAGUUUUGAGGAAGGGGGCACUUGACCCUCAUCCUUCUCUUUGCUGCCUCUGAGAUGCUACAGGUGGUGAGGUAUUCUCUCCAGCACUCAGGGAGCCCAGUCAAGGGCACCUCCCGGGAAGAAUGUGCUUUUUUUUGUCCUGCUGUGACACCUAGAGCAGGCAGCAGGCUUUUUCUUGGACUCUGUCCUCCUGGCCCCUCCUCAUUACGCUGCCUGCCCUGAGAGGACCGUGACUAAGGAGCCCAGGAUGUCUCCUGAAGUUCUGAUCCAUUGGGAAGCUCCUGCUGAUGCCUAAGGCCUGUUCUGGACUAAUUAUUUGGAGAACAAAGAAAGGGUAGGAGCUGCUGGCCAUGCCACCGUUAAUGCUGUGAGCUCCUAACCAGUUGUUUGCUCCAUUGUCUACUUUCUCUCCUGUAUAGGAAUAUCUUGGUAGCCCUCCUCAGCCGUCUCCAAAAAACACGUUUACAGGUUGAGGGAUGAACACAAGGCAUUUAUUUAGGCUGGACCUUGGCAUUUCCACCGGGCACCCCUUCUUUUCCCAAGGACAAGGUGAAGGUGAAACUAUUCUUUGGAAGGUGAAGGCCACUGUGGUAAGAAGGAAAAACUAAACUGCUGCUCUGAGGGCCUCAAGAAGCCCAGCCCUUCCUCCUCCCAUGCCACGUGACACAGGCCACACCAUGGCCAUGUAGGACUCCUAGUUCUCUCUGCCCUUUUUGGGAGUAACCUCUCUUUAAAAACUCUGUGGGGUAUAAGAUUGGCCUUUUGCUUCUCUGGCCUACCUCUCCCCUUUUGCUGAUUUAAUUUCAUCCUGUUUCUUCAGAUCUUUAAAGCUGUUAUUAGUUUGUGUGAAACUGGGGGUGGGGAGAGAGAGAGGCGAGAGAGAAGUAUGUGUCUGUAUGUCUCCCGGUGGACUUUAUUAAGUGCAUGUUUUUUUGUUUUGGGUUGUUUUUUGUUUUUGUUUUUGUUUUUUGAGAGUGACUCCCUUUUCCUUUCUCUUGGUGCUCACUUUUGCCGUGGCUGUGAGGCCACAAUGCUUUAAAAUCUCCAGGAAUGAUUAUUUUCUGCCUUGGAGAUUUUAUUUUGAAAUCUUGCCUAAUGAACCUGCCCAAUCAGAGGGUCCUGGCCUUGUUUGUGUCCUGGACACCAAGGUCAGCAUUUGGGAAUAGACUCUGCUGGAGGUCUCCACUGGGCACUGACCACACUGUUCGGCUGGGGUUUGUUUACAGUUAUUUUCACUCCCAUUCCUGUCCCCACUCACAUAGAAGAAACUUCAAAAUGUUGGCAUUUUGGAGAAUAACAAUAUCAGCCUAAAAGGAUGUACCACAAAGCUACCUGGGAAAUCUGCAAGUUUUUCAGUGAAAUCUUAACGAGUCAUCAGCGCAUGUCCUGCCUGUUCUUUCACUAUGAGUGGGCACCAACAAGGCAGGGCAGCUCUGGCUAAAGGGCUUCCUCAAAGUUAACGGAAGGUUUCACAGCAGCUGUCACCCUCAGGAGAGGCUAGCUGUGCUCCAGUGGUUUUGCCCAGCCAAGGGACGCACUGCAGCUGCAGUACUUGGUGUUGACACACUGGGUUUUGUAGAAGAGGCUGGAAGUUGUCAGCCAGCACGAAUUCUCAUGUGACCCAACCAUGAACCCUGGAUCUUGUCUGUGUGCUGUCAUCUCCUAUGCUCCCAUACCCCCAUAUGUACUCUAGAGAUCUGUCCUCUAGGGUGCUUUAAGAGUGACAUCCACCUAGAUUCUUAGAGGAUGUGCCACCAUUUCCUGGUAGAGUGCAGUGGUAGGCCCGCCUGGUGCCACCUGCCACUGCACUGCCUCUCUCGUGUGUCCUGGAUACUGUGGCUUGCCUGCUAAAUCACCUGGCCUCAGGGCUCAGCUCCUUUCACCUGCCGGCUCUUCUCUUCCUUCUACACUGUCAGAAAUCCCCUUCUGUCUGCCCUAGUCUGGGUCCUCUGUCCCACUACCUGAGGCCUCCUAAGAGAGCCUGGGUCUAUUUGGGCCUCUCCCCUUUUCUCUCUCCCUAGGUAGCAGUGCACAGUUGAAGCCCACCAUUGUGUGUGGAACUUGGUUUUUCAAUGUCAUUGUGUGGUCCUGUUGGGAAGGUAUGUGGACAGUGAUAUGGAACAGUCACUUAGAAUGCCAGUGUUGCAGAGACGUACAACUCUGGACUCAGUCCUUUGAUGCCUUACAGUGUUUCAGAGGACCUACACUGGGACUGUGUGUGUGUAAAAGGAAAGGGGUAGUUAGGUUACAGUGAAAGAGCAUGAAGGUUCAACGCAGGUGUGAAAUAUGUCUCUUUAGCACACACCUUGGCUAGGAUCUACUUAACAGGUUUUGUGAUCUUAAGGCCCAUGGACAGCUGUUGGGAGACACCGGUAGUGUGGGAAGAGCUUCAGGAAACAGCCCGCACCCCUGUGCCUCUUCAAAUGUGGGCGAGAACAGGUCAGCUGCCGCUCUUUCUGAAGAACGGGCCUCCCUGUUCACUAGAUAGGACUGUGCUUGUCUGCUUGUUAGAGCUUGCAAGAUUCAACCUUCCGGAAAGAAAAGGGAACUUUCCACAGUGAAUGUUAGCAUGUGUGUGCACGCGCACUUGCUCAAGCCUGUGUGUGUGUGCGUGCAUGUGUGUUUACUUGGUGGGAUUUUAUUUUUGUAAAAUUCCUUUCUAGUUAUUUAGUAGAAUUCACCUACAUCUCCCUGCCAAACCCUGGGCAUAGUGAAUUUGGAAUUCCUUUGGGAUUCCUGAACAGGAUCUGGCUUUCUUGAGAGCUGAGAUUGUGGAAGGACAGGAGACACUGAUUAUACAUUUCCUAGUUUACAUCCUGCAGGUUAAAAGGUCUCAUGGCCACAGCGAGGCUGUGUCCCUCAUGGGGGAGUCUAGUACCCUCGUACCCCUCCCCAGGCACCUUGUCACCUGAAUCUUCACCCCAUGAAGGGAAAGCAGGCUUGUUUGCUUGCUCUGUAGCGCCCCAGCUGAAACCGCAUGUUCUCCUUCAAGUUCUUCAAGUUUCAGCUUCUGUGCACGGGCUGUCUGUUGUGUGCUUUGGUGAUGGUAUAGGGCUCCUUGAAGGAGGCAGCUCCACUGGGGUAGGUUGGGUUUCAUUUACACCAGAGAUCCCUGGGGCUGCUUACCUGAGCCUGGUCCUCUUGACACCCUGCUGUUGACAAGCACAUUUCCACCAGCUGUACCCAACACUACAAUGCAUUUUUAAAACUAUAUUUGCAUCUGAGACAAUAAAAAAACAUAUUUUUUUGGAAAA